UGAAUAUUUGUUUCUUCAAGGCAGGUUUGUUUGAACUACAAUGUAUAUUUUAUUGUUACUUUCACCACUACACGCAGAUACAGAACCAUGAUAAUUCAGUUUGGUUCUAAAACAUUCUGGAACUCAUAACUUAUAGAUGGUGUAAUACUAAAACAUCGUUUGUACAAAAUCAGCUCGACAAAACAUGUAAAAACUGAUAUAACUUCAGUUGAUUUGGAUUAAUAAUGCCUUUCAAAUUGGUACAAAAACGAUUGAAUAUUAUUCUCUGCUAUACAUUUGUGUCCGAGCGAGCUUAGUUUUCUCGUCUAUUUUUGUUGAGUUGUUGUUAACUAAUAAUGGGGGUAGGAUCCAGCUCGGGCAAGCUCUCCUUCGUGCCCCAGGGGGGUCUGUGUCCGGGGGAGAAGGUGAAGGUGGGGGUGAAUAAGCAGAGGCUACAGAUCCUCCAGAAGGGACACGGAGGCUACAAUGAGGAGAUGGAUUAUAUCCUGGACAGGCACCUCCUGCUAGAAUGCUUUGACAAGGACGGAGAUGCGAUGGUGUCGUACAAUAAUGGGAGGGGGUUCUACAUCAACUCGCAGGCACUGCAGAGGGUUGGGGAGAGGGAGGAGUUGCAGAUAUGCUGUGGGGACAGGGUGCAGAUUACAGUGGACGACAAACAGCACACGGGUCUGCACUGGUUGGACGAGGAGCCAGCAAGCGUGGGAUGCAGCUCUCUGGUGGGGUGCAAAGGGGUAGUCUUCAACGUGGAGGGUCCCUUCAUCCAUACUGCCCUCAUUCUACCCAAUGGAACCGUACACAGAGCCAACUGCUUCAAGGAGAACCUCAAGUGGGUAAAGAAUCCAGUGUUGGAGAUAGGGGACCAGGUGAAGGUGCUGGACCAUAUGCAGACAGUGAUGCACAUGCAGGAGGGCCACGGCUCAUACACAGAGGCCAUGGAACUCAUUCUGGGCAGAACAGGUCACGUGAUCAACUACAGACCAUUCGUAGGCUGCAAGGUUGAAUUCCAACUGGUAGGCAACAAAGUUGAUUUCAUGAUCAACAGCAGCCUAUUGGAAAAAGUAUCCGAAGAGAUAGAGUACAUGACAGGAGACAAAGUGAAAGUAACCAUUGACCUUCAUCGAUUCGAGGCCAACCAGAGUUUCCACGGGGGCUGGAACGAAAACAUGGCCCGCUUCGCCGGAAAAGUGGGCGUGGUCGCCGAAAUACGGAGGGGAGUCACUGUUGAAAACGAGAGCCACGGAGAUCUCGGUCUUCGUUUCUUUGGAGUCGCUGACCAAAUUGUCGUGAACCCGAGAAGUGUGACUAAGUUUGUGGAGACGUUCAAAUCAGGAGAUGAUGUGUCUUUUGUGUUGGACUCGACUGCCAUGACAAAAUUAACCCGAAAAUUGUCAUCGUACACAACCUCAAACCUCGCCAAUAAACAGAAUCAAAGUGGGAAGGUGAGUUCGGUGAAUGGGAGUGGUGAAAAUGCCACAGUGACAGUGAAGUAUGCUGCAGACGGGAAGAGUGUGCCAUUCCAUUCAUCCCACUUGGUGCGGGCACUCCAUCUACCCUCCUCCUCCUCCUCCUCCUCCGCCCCAGCUGGCCCGCCCACUCUAGCCAGGGAACCCACCGUGGCGACACUAGCUAGAGCUCAGUCGUCCAGCAGUGACUCUUCUCUUGAGCCUCGCAACGGACUGUACCCGGGUGACUACGUGACGUGCAGUGAGGACCCGGAGACGAUGCAGUUGAUGCAGGAGGAGUACGGGGGCUGGAAUGACCGCAUGGCAGGCAUAAUCGGAUCAGUCUCCGUGGUCAAGGGUUUCAAUGGCAACGGGGGAGUGGUCAUUUCGGGGAGGGGAGAUGACAAUGUGGGCGAUGAGUGGCACGUGUACGCAGGAGCACUCACCAGGGUGGAGGGAGACUCUGUCAUUAUUGGGGUGGGAGACCACGUCAAGAUAGCCUCACAGGAUGGGGGAGAUAGUGACUCGAGUAGUGAGGGUAUCACCUUGUAUGACAAGAGGGGAGUGGUGCGCAAGUGCCAUGGCAGUGGCGAAGACUUCACUGUGGUAGUGAGGAGUGGGGACAUGACCACAACCUGUGAACAGAUAUCCUUCGACCGACUCAAAAAGUGUAUGCAGCCAGUGAUCAUGGUGGGGGAUGAGGUGAUGAUUGUGAAUGACACUGAGUUGGUGCAGACUCUGCAGGAGGAGGUGAAGCUGCCAAUCCCCUCCAAUCUCUCUCUCCUGCUGGGCAAGAAGGGCAAGGUCACCAAAAUCACCACCAUGGUUGACAUCGCUGUCAGAUUCAGUCUCUCACAAGGUGUCGUCUCAGAAGUGUUUCUAAAUGCGCGCCUUCUCUUCAAAGUGGCCAGUCGACAACCAUUCAGACUGGGCGACAAAGUGGAGGUCAGCGAAUCUCUAGCAAGCUUCAAGGGUUUGCAGAAAGAACAUGGGGGAUGGAACGAGAGUAUGAGUGACUUGGUGGAAGAGACAGGGACUGUGGUGAAAAUAUUCACUGACAGUACAAGGGGUCACAAGAAAGACGACUUGGUAGUGUUGUUCCCACAGGCAAAGGAGCCAUUCGUGAUCAACCCGGCUGCUGUCAAACUGCAUAAUGACAACAGUUUUGAUGAAGACGACGACGUAGUAUGUGUUCUUCCCAUUGAGUUGAUGAAAGUGGUACUUCCCAGGGGUCACAUGAUGAGGGGAUUUCAUCAAUUGAAGCAGAAGAUUUUUGAGAAGGGAGAGGUCACUUCAGUGGAGGGCGAGGGUGAGUAUGCACUUGUGGGAGUGAAAUAUGAUGACGGCGUUGAGAUGGAGUACUUUGCCAAACACUUGCACCAGUGGCCAUGCUCUGGAGAGCAGGUGGCACACAUGCUGCUAGAUGCACUCAACACAUUCAUGGCAUUCCAAAUCAGUGCCUCAGAAAAUGAGAACGAGAGCAAUGAGACAGAAGAAGACUCUUCUGCCGCCACCAGCCCAACUCACUCCACUGCCCAAGUGCGAGAGUGUCCCCUCUGUUUCGAGUCAGAGGACGUCCAGUGGGUCUCCUUCCGCUGUGGCCACCUGCUCUGUCAGGACUGUGCCGAGAAGAUCUUAAACCUCUCCUCCGCCCCUGGACACAGACGCUGUCAUCUGUGCAAGGAGCCAGUGGACGAAUUCAUUCGACUCUAUCUUUAAUUAUCAUUUACAUCAAUUUGUAAUAGUGAGAGACAUUUAAAAAAACUUUUACACCCCGUUGAAAACUUGAGAUCAGAUCUGUUAAAUGUUGCCUGCUAAUUUAAAUUUUUACUCAACCUUCUAGAUAAAGUUAAAUGUAAGAACAUUAAUAUAAAAGCCAGAUCUUUCAGAAACUGAAACACAGUUAUACAGUUUGCGCAAGUUUAUU